GCGGGGCUCUGACGUCAUCGGCGGGCGCGGGGCCGCGGCCGGAAGUGCGGAGCCACGUGCGGAGCGUCGGGGAGCGGAGCCCGCUGCGCGUGGCGGGUCCCAGGCACCUGCCAGCCAGCAACACCAUGAGCUUCGUGGCGUACGAGGAGCUGAUCAAAGAGGGUGACACGGCCAUCCUGUCACUGGGCCAUGGUGCAAUGGUAGCCGUGCGUGUGCAGCGGGGGGCACAGACCCAGACCCGACACGGCGUCCUGCGGCACUCAGUAGACCUCAUCGGCCGCCCCUUCGGCUCCAAGGUGACCUGCGGUCGAGGCGGCUGGGUUUACGUGCUGCACCCCACGCCUGAGCUCUGGACGCUGAACCUGCCACACCGCACUCAGAUCCUCUACUCCACCGACAUUGCUCUGCUCACCAUGAUGCUGGAGCUUCGGCCUGGUUCUGUGGUCUGUGAAUCCGGCACUGGCAGCGGCUCCGUGUCCCACGCCAUCAUCCGCACCAUCGCGCCCACAGGCCACCUGCACACAGUGGAGUUCCACCAGCAGCGGGCAGAGAAGGCUCGGGAGGAGUUCCAGGAGCAUCGAGUGGGCCGCUGGGUGACCGUGCGCAACCAGGACGUGUGCCGCAGCGGCUUUGGCGUGAGCCAUGUGGCAGAUGCUGUUUUCCUGGACAUCCCGUCUCCUUGGGAGGCCGUGGGCCAUGCCUGGGAUGCCCUCAAGGUUGAAGGUGGGCGCUUCUGCUCCUUCUCGCCGUGCAUCGAGCAAGUCCAGCGCACGUGCCAGGCACUGGCAGCCCGAGGCUUCUCAGAACUGAGCACCCUGGAGGUGCUGCCCCAGGUGUACAACGUGCGUACUGUCAGCCUGCCUGCACCCGACUUGGGAGCCAGCCUGGGCCCCGAGGCCAGCCCUGACGCCAGCCCCUUCCGCAGCGGCACGCCCAUGAAGGAGGCCGUGGGCCACACUGGCUACCUGACCUUUGCUACCAAGACCCCGGGCUAGGAGGCCUCCCGCCAGGAGCCCCCGGGGCGGGAGCGCUGUGGAGCCAGGCCAGGGAGAUGCAGCCCAGCCAGAGGCCGCCUUAUAUGGUCAGCAGACUCCCGCUGGGGCCUGUGUUUAGAAAUGCGGCGGGGCGGGCCCAGGGGGACGGCCAUGGCAGAGGAAUGCGGGCAGGGCCAGCCAGCUCCAGCCCCUCCGGUCCCCAGGGAGGAACGCCUCCUGCCCGACUCCCUGCUGGGCUCAGGUCCCACACACGGUCUCUGCUGUCGCAAGCUCUUCUGCCUGUUGAACUGAGGGGUGUAGGUGGUGGGGCCCAGGUCUGACGCCUUCCCAGGUGGCCCCAAACUGGCAGGGAGGCGGGGAAGCAAGGACUCCGACGGGGAGGACCAGGGGCCUGAUGGUGUUCCCACUUAGUCUCAGGGGGCGGGCCCUGCCCCCCCUGCCCCUGAGAGCCAGUGCUGCCUGGCUGGCCAGCAGCUAGGGGAAGUGCUCUUGCUGUGUGGCCUCAGGCCUGACCCACCCUGUUAGGGGCCAUACAGGCCAAGGGGGAGUGUCCUGCAUCCCCUCCUAUCAGAGUCGGGCCCAGGGCAGCCCUGCCCAUCUGCCUCGCUUCUGCCCCUGGGAAGUGCCUUCCGUGGCCCUGGUCCAGCCACAGCCCCUGGCAUCUCAGUGAGAACAUAGCGUCACAUAGCCAGGACCCUGAGGGGGACAGUGAAGUGCUUCCAGUGACUUGGCCAAUCCCUUUCAGAGCUCUUUGAACCCCGGAUGUUCAAACAGCCCCAGAGCUACUUGGGUGCCCCUGCCUCUCACAGGAGCCCUGGGGCCAUGAGGGUGCAUCCAGGACGGAGGGCAGCUACUCUAGGGCUGGGGACAGAUGCCGCUUGUCCCGCCCUGGUCCCCAGCUGGGUGCUGAGUGGCUGGCAUCCCUGCCUGCUGCGACUCCUGAAGGGCCUGUCUGUCUUUGGCCUCACCUGUCCUCAAGAGCCUUGGUUUUCCCACGUUUGGACAAGAGCCCCAGGGGACUGUGCUGGCACAGGGCUGGCUUCUGACCAUGCUUGGCAGAGAAAUAAACACUGUCGCUCUGCCGUGCUAA